AUGCAAGAUCUCGAUCCUGAACUUCGUGCAUUGGUCGAUGGCAACAUCGAUCCUGAACCUGUCAUAAUCGAACGCCAAGAACGUCAAGUAUGUCAACGAUGCUAUCACUUACAGCACCAAAAUACACCUACUACUGAUUCGAGUCCUGCCUUUCUAAAAGCAUCACAGCAAUAUGGAUCACUCGAGUUCCUCAAGACUAAACGCGAUCCUUUGAUCGUGGCUGUGCUUGAUGUGACCGACUUACCUUCUUCGUUAGGAGAUUUGCCUUCGUUGUUGGCAAGUAAUCCUGGUGCACGUAUCUUGCUGGCUGCUAACAAGGUGGACAUCUUGCCUGCAUCCGCACGUCGUCAUGAACAACGUAUACGUGAUUGGAUUUUGCAUCAUGUCAAAUCACUCGGUUUGCCUACUCAACAGAUCCGCUCAGUCACUUUGAUCAGUGCUAAGAAAGGAUGGGGUGUUCCUUCCUUGAUGCGUAAAAUCGAUCAAGAAAAGAGACCUACAGACGAUGUCUAUCUUGUUGGCUGUACGAAUGUAGGUAAAUCUGCUUUAGUCAAUCAGUUCAUGUCACAGAUCCGAGGCAGUUUGGAUUCAGCUGGACGUCAGUUGAAAUCACAACUCAAGGCGCAAUACAAAAUCACCAGUUCUGCUGUACCUGGCACGACCAUGGGUACCAUCAAAGUGCCAUUACAUGCCCUU